CCCCGUCGCGGCCCAGGGCCGAUGCCAUCUCCAUGAUGGCCGACGCGGAGACAUGGACCAUCACGUCUCUGGUACGCACCUGCGAUGCGGCAGACACCAGCUGCACCUGGUCGUUCGGCAUCAACAACGGCACGGGCACCACGCCUUGUGUUGAGACUGUGACCGGAUCACCGGCCUCUGAGACCAACGGGGGACCCGCGACUUGUGGUGUGUACACUGUGACCUCUGGAUGGAGCGGCCAGUUUGGCCCUGGAAACGGCUUCACAACCUUUGCGGUGGUCAACUACGCCGCCAAUCUUAUUGUAUACCCGGCAUAUACCGACAAGCAGGUUCAGAACGGUACUGUUGUGACACCGGACCAGAGCUACACCCCUCAGGCACUGCCUUAGAAGCAUGACAACCCCCCUCCCUUCUUCUUUUGGAAUCAAAAUGAGCUUGCCAGGGUGCGCCAUGAUGUGCGGUCAAAGUAGCUUAAGGGUAAUGACGGUCGAGAUAUGGCAUCAGGCAAAGUUUGAGGAUAUCGCGUCAAAAGCACAGUCACAAAUUGGUCUAAAUGUUUUAUGAAUAAUCAGAAAUAUAUUUGAUAAUUCCAAUAUGCAGAUGCUCUU